AGAAACCUAAAAAUAAAAUAAAGAGAGGAAAAAUGAAAACAAAAAGCAAAACGGUUCUCUCCAAAGUCCAAAAGCAAAAGCGAACCCCUCCUCUGAUUCCCGAAGAAAGCACCGUAUUCAAUGCUUACACAAGCAGCAUUAAACGAAGUGAAAAGCUAAACCUAAACCCUCUUAUUUCUCUCUCUAACACAUCCUCUUUUUUAUUUAGUUCGUUCACCUAACUGUCCCUAUAAAACCCAAAACAAAACCCCACACCACACCACACCCAAGUCCCACAUCUCUCUAAUCUUUCCUUUCAUGGACGCUCUGAACUUCCUCAAGUUCUGGAGACACGCCACCAUGACCACUUCCUCCGAACCUCAUCUGGUCGUCGAAACCGACACUGAAUCAGACGAAGACGACUCAUUCUUCGACUUGGAGCUCACGCUACCCGACUUCGACAACUCCAAAGAAACGACAACAACAACAACAACCGAACCCAAAGACAACGAUGUUAUGCCUAAGCCUAAGACAACACUUCCUCUGUCUCCUCCCGAGCCUAUCUCCAAACGAAAGAUCCUCCCAAUCGAGCCUAUCUCCAAGCCUCAAUCUCCCAUUGCGCUUCUCAGGUCCGCGCCCAGCUUCAGAAUCUUCAUGUUCAGAAAGCGGAACAGAAUGCCUCAACAGAAAACAGAACACGAACCCAAGAAGGAAGCUAAAGUCUUCGCGGUGAAACUCCACGUUGACGAUUUCCGUUCCUCCCCCGCGCUCAGCAGAGACAACAGCACCAGAAGCUUCGGGAGCAAGGUUCGGAGUUGCAGCCACGAGGAGCCGAAACCGGAGCGGUUCUCCAAGGAGGUGCUGCGGAAGUACCUGAAGCUGAUUAAGCCUCUGUAUGUUAAAGUCUCGAAGCAGGGGGAGGGGAUGAGGGUGGUUUCGAAGCAUUUGGGGAAGAGUAGGUCGGCGUCGUCGGCGGUGGGCGGAGUUGGUUCUCCGGCGAAUAGGAGCGAUGAUACGCUGGCGCAGCAGCAUGAUGGGAUUCAAAGCGCCAUUCUUCACUGCAAGAGGUCCUUCAACUCCAGAGAAGGAUCGAUGUAUUCGGUGAGAAGGUCUUUCGAGGGGGCAAAAGUGUAAUUUUUGUAAAGAAAAGGGAAAGGGAAAGGGAAAGAGAGAGGGAGGUGUGAAUGUGAUGAUUAGGUAGUGUACAUUAAUGUUAAUGGGGCAUUAUGAAAAGAAUCAAAGGGAUCUUCUACUGUAGACUAGUCUGUAUCUCUGUCUUUGCACUCUGCUUGAGGUUUAUUUUGAUUUGAUCCUCAUAAUCAUUCAUGCCAAUUGCCAACCACAUUCACUUCCAUUUCCAUCUCAAUUCUUAACUAAUGGAAUGGAAAGGAAAGAGGGGACAAGUCAAUGGUUCACACAUCAAAUACUAGUUUAUCACAAAACUAUACUAUUUAUUUAUUAUCAUCAUUGCGCGCUUUGGCUGUGAAAUACUCAUUCUUCUUCUAUGAUGGUAAUGCGCACUGCAUUCGGUAUCAAAUUACUGGCGCAGUAUAUUAAAAGUAACGUUUCAUCAGAUGCCAGGAUGAAACCAGGACAUCCAUGAUGCUAAAUGCCAGGAU